AUGCCGGAUCCUAUUACUGUUAGCGCAAUCGCUAGUGUAGCUGGGACCCUCUCCAACAGCAUCGCCAUCGCCACCUUCAUCAAAGCCAUCAAAAACACACCCACAGACGUAAAGACUUGCUUCGCACUCACCCGUCGAGUCUCAACAGAUCUCGAGCAUCUCCUAUCACUCCGCUCCCAACAUGUUAAAUAUCUCGACCGAAACCCAUUCGCAGCAAAUAGAUUGGAAGGUAUAAUAAGUGAUGCGAGAGAAGCGAUACGGGAUAUAUCUAUAGUGUUGGAGGGGUGUAGGAAAGAGAUCUAUGAGGGGGAGUGUAUUCCUGUCAAGAAGAGGAUUGGCUGGGUGUUGGGUGAUGGAGCGGCGUUUGAGAGGAGGAGGGGCAAUUUGCAACAGGUGCAUGGGGUGGUGGUGGCGGAGAUGGGUUGGCUGAGGGGGAUGGGGAGCGGGAGAGAGGAAGAGGGGAAGGGUGAUGGGAGGGUGGAUAUGGAGUUUGAGAAUUUGGAGUUAUUAUGCGGGGGCAGGAGGAGGGAGGGGAGGCAAAUUUCAUGCUCACGGGAAGAAAGGAAGGUUGAGAAGGUUGAAGCGGAGGUAUCCGAUUUUGGUGGGGAUGUGGAUGCUGAGGAGUUAGAUUUUGGUGGCGAUGUCGAGGUUGAAUCUCCGGUAGUAAAGAAAAAGAUAGUCAGAAAACCGGUGGCCAUUUCGAGUGGGAGUUUUAAGAAGGUCAUUGAACAUGAAGAUAUAGAAGAUGAGGAUCCGGAAGUGGCUUUUUAUAAAGAUCUGAGAAGACAAGAAGAAGAACGACACAAGAGAAUAGCGGAAAAGAAGAGGUUGAGGUUGAGGAAUAUCUGA